CGCACGGCAAUAGAAUUUAGAUUUGUUUGGUUUUAAUAAAAACAAUGCAGUGGGAACGUAUAUUAAAUAAAAAAAACGUAGUUAUGGAGGAAUUUAUAUCUGGCAAUUUGAGUCGCGAAGAGAUUUUACAUGUAUUUGAACAGCGCCACUUGCCACUGGAGGAUAUGAAUAAUUUAAGUCACUCAGAACUUGUGCGAGUUUACAAAACAUUUUGUUUGCCCCUAUCCCAAAGGCACACUGCCCAAAGACACAGAUAUGCGCACUCCCAACAGCGACAGAGAUAUGUAGGAGAAGCACCGGUGUCAGUAGACGAAACAAAAAACUAUGGAUUAAAUGCUAUGGACAUUGAUCUUCAACCAGCAAAUGAUGACCUGAUUGAACAUUUACACCUAACCAGUACCAUAGCCGAAAAGCGGCGACCGAGUUUUGAGAAUUUUAUAGAAGAUUAUCAAUACCUGAGUAGGGCUACAAAGCGAAUUAAGAUCUGCAUGUCUUGAUUUCAAAUUUAGUGAGUAUUUUCCCGUCCGAAAUUGUAUAGUAACCACCUUUUUAUAAGUUAAAUAUGUUUUAAGCAAGUAUUUUUAUAUUAAUUUUUCCACAUCUUUGCGAGAAAUGCAUAAGGGAUAAAGUUGGCAUUCUAAGAUUUGCCAAGAACCAAAUAACGGAACAUUUGGGUUGAAAUUAAAAUAUAAUUGUAUGAUGUAUUUAUGAGUUAGUUUGCCUAUAAACUUUUUUACAUGCUUAGAAUAACGUUCAAUGUGUUUAUGUAUCACCCAUGUUUAUUUUUUAUUUAUUUAUUCAUUUCCAUUUUGUACUACAAAGUCAACAAGGUCCAGUAAAUUUGAUACUUUGCUAAAUUACGCCAUGUUCCGGGUUUCAAAUUCACAACCCGCAAAAAUUGCUGCUCUUAUAUCUUCUAAGCCGUAUACUUAUAAGUUCUUAAAUCACUUGAGGUUUCCUCUUACGGUACAAGAGUUUGAGUAGAGAAUGCAUUGCAACUUCCAUGGCAAAGAAAAUCUUUCGUUUUGUGUUUGUGAAAACCGGAACAGGUCUGUAUUGAUUCUGAUUCUUGCGACUCUUAAGGUUUGACAAUUUUAAACUUCAUUAUGCAAAAACUUUACUGAGCGUAUGUGCUUUUCUAAUUUCUAUGAAUUUUACCGCUCUUGCAAAUUUUCGAUGCCUAAAGCAGAAUCGAAAGGUUUUAAAUCAAAUUAACGCAGUUAAUGUUUUUAAAUAUUUUUUCUUUCUACUAAAAAAAGGCCCAGUAUCUAUUAUUUUGUACCAUAAAUAUAUGGUUGUGUAACUAUAACUAAAGUGGGUGAGAUAUUAAUGAAAUUUAUUUUCCUUUCUUUCUUUCAUUUCAUGCAAUGCGAAAC